GUCGCGGGGACAAAUCCCAUCUGAACGCCUUACUUUAAAAAAAACCAAAUGGGUGCAAAAUAACGUCCAUGACAAACAAAAUACCCAAAUGUUAAAAGAACGAGGAGAUCUGAGCUGGCACCCGCACCGCCUGAUUCCCCUCCGAACCCCAAGCCUGGCCCUGGCGGAGCCCCCAGCCCCUCCCCCCCAUGCUUGGGGAGUCCCCCCGAAAUCCCCACAGGCUUCUGGGAGCUUUCCAGUUCCUGGAGGGACACGGGAGUGUGGCCGGGGAUCCCCGUCUGUCCCCGGGGCUUUCCUUGGGUGUCAGGGCAGGCGCUGCGCCCAGCAGGAGCCAGCGGUCCCUGGAGUCCGGGUUUCCCGCGGUGGCUGCUGCGUCCUGGGUCCCCCUGUGGCAGUGCACGGUUGGUAGCCAGUGAGUCUCCCCCCAGCCUGCGCCCGGCGUCGCUGGGUCCCUGUCUCUGUCUCUGUCUCUGUCUCAGCCUCUGUCUUGUCCUGUGUCCCUGUCACCCUGCCGGGGUUCCGGGUUUCCCCCACGCUGCAGCGGAAGGAAGGAAGGGCUGCAGACCCACGUGCUGGGAAAGGCCAGCGGCCCCCACUUCUCCCUUUCCCGGCCUCCUCUCCCCGCCCCCACCCGAGACCUUCCGACCUUCCCUUCCGCGCAGAGGUGGCCGGGGCAGGGCCGGGGGCUGCCGCCUUGCUCACCUCUCGUGCCAGGACCCGAGGGGAAGUGGGGGCCUGGAUCCAGGCUGGGCUUCCCCCUGGGCGGGCCCCAAGUCCCCGCCUCCUGCCUCAGUCUCCAAGCACUGUCCCCACCCCAGCUCCUGGAAGCCCAGCCGGCCACAGCCAUGACCCCGGGGCUUCUCCUGGCCCUCGCCCUCUGGGCCAGCUGCCCGCCCUGCCGUGGAAGGGAAGCCGCUCCCACCCUGCCCAGGGUGCAGUGCCGGGCCCCCCGAUACCCGCUGGCGGUGGACUGCUCCUGGACCCUGCGGCCAGCCCCCAACGCCACCAGGCCCGUGCCCUUCAUUGCCACCUACAGGCUCGGCGUGGCCGCGCAGGGCGAGAGCCGGCCCUGCCUCCAGCCCACACCCGAGGCCACCAGCUGCGCCAUCCCGGACGUCCAGCUGUUCUCCAGGGUGCCCUAUGUGCUCAACGUCACGGCCGUCCACCCUCGGGGCGCCAGCAGCAGCUUCCUGCCCUUCGUGGCCGAGCACGUCAUCAAGCCUGACCCUCCGGAAGGCGUGCGCCUGAGCCCCCUGCCUGGGCAGCAGCUGGGGGUGCGGUGGGAGCCCCCCCGGUCCUGGCCCUUCCCGGAGAUCUUCUCGCUCAAAUACCGGAUCCGCUACAAGCGGCACGGGGCCGCCCGCUUCCGUCAGGUGGGGCCCAUUGAAGCCACCUCCUUCACCCUCAGGGCUGUGCGGCCGCGGGCCAGGUACUGCGUGCAGGUGGCUGCGGAGGACCUCACUGACUACGGGGAGUCGAGCGACUGGAGCCUCCCUGCAACCACUCUCGUGAUGCCGCGCCAUUAGUGGGGGGUUCCAGUGUCCCUAAAGAGGGGCCGGGUCCCUGACACCCCCCAACCCCGAUGCCAGCCAUUUGAGGGUGGAUGGGACCCACCUGGCCAGGGUUGGAGUCCUGGCUUUGCUGCCGCCAAGCUGCUGGGCAACCUCAGGCAACUGACUUUGCCCCCUCUGAGCCUCAGUUUCCCAAUCUGUAAAAUGGGAAUGUGCUCUCCCCUUGAACUGUGGAUGUGAGAUAUUUUUUAUUUAAGAAAAGAAUCUUGGAAUUUUAAUUAGAAAAGACUCAUUGUUGGCCGGGCGCGGUGGC